AUGUUUAAAUAACUUUUGAAUUUGAUUUGCAUCCUCUUAACCAUGGUCAGCACAAAGCUUGUCUACUGUUACACUUGCUUGAUUAGUUUCAUCGUCAUGUUAGUCAAUAUUAUCUUCCCCUCUUUGACUAAAAAAUAUAAUUCAAAAUCUGCUUCUCUUGAUUAAGAUGAAUUAGAAAUUUUAAAGUAGUAAAUUUCAUCCUCUUUUACUAAGGUAUAGUCAAGCGAUACCUUCCCCGUAUCUAUGGAUUCAUCAUUCAACUCUCAUGUUGCUCUAGAUGUUAUUGAAUCUCAAAACUAGAGAUACUAAGAUUACAUUAAAUUCAAAUAAUAGAUGAAGAAAAAGCAAAAUAAAAAUGGUUAGCUAAGCUAAUUAAUAUUAUCAACCAGUACCAAUAUGUCUGAUAACUAAUAUUUAAAUGUCAACAAUUCUUAUAGAAAUGAAGCAUCUGUAAUAGAAUCUACCAACGUUCUCCUACCAAGUACUGAUGGAGCUGCCUGUGAAUCUGAAAACAAAUUUUAUGUUGCUAAUUCUUAAGUAAUACAAGAUUUUAAAAACACAUUCUAAAACAAAUGCUACCUCGAUAAUAGUAAUGAUAAUAAGUGUCUUGCAGAAAGCAAAAAAGAGAAUUAUUUAGGUUAGAUUUCUAUCGAUUGUAACUGUUAGGAUUUAGAAUGUGAAGCUAAGUCUACCAAAAAAUAAGUUCAUUAGAGAAAUCCUAUUAAGAACUACACAUCAUACUAUUUAACUAACUUAAAUAGAAAAUAUAACAGCAAACUAAAUGCAAAAUCUGAAAUAGAAAACAACUAUGUAGAUGAAAAAGCUUCCCAAGAUGAUUAAGAUUUUGAAGAAGAAUUAGAAGUAGAAGAAGAAGAAGAUAUCUCUACUGAAGACUCAUCUGCUAAUAACUCUGAGGAUGAAGACACCUCAAAUUAACAAAAGGAUCAAGAAAACUCAGAAAAAGUCGAAGAUUAAGACUAAUUGCAAGAAUUCAAAGAAUAAACUUUGCAUUAAGGAGGAGAUAGGGAUAUUAAAUAAAAUUAUUUAAUGAAUUAACAAGUCAUCAUGAAGCCUUAACCAUAAGCUUCUCCUUUCUAACCCAAAAUCAGCAAAAUGAGAUCUACUGAUUAAAAUAUCGAAUAAUUAAACCAACAAGUCAUUUAAACUUAACUCCAUAACUAUUUCAAUUUGGAUUUCCUUCAAAUUAAGAAGGUCAAGAUCGACUCUAACUUCAACUUCCAUGAAUAACUUGAAACCAUCUGCUCCCGAAAAAGAUGCCCAUGCUUAAAGUUUAAGCGAAGAUUUUAGAGAGUGCGCUCAGUCUUAGCAAACAAAACAAAGUUACCAACUAUUCUUGAAAACUUUGCUUACUGA